AUGAGGAAGCUGGUGAGGGCGUGGCUGCUAGGCGCCCUGGGGCUGGCCGAGCUGCUCGUCAUCGCGGUCGUCCACCUGACCUACGGGUUCUACCUCUUCACCACCGCCAUCCGCCGCGACCUCUCCCGGCUGGCCGGCGCGCCGAAGGACGCCGCCGUCGGCCACGCCCAAGCGGAGGCCCUGCUCGACGGCGCGGUGCCGCCGAUCGUGCUGGUCCACGGCGUAUUGGGGUUCGGCAAGGGCAGGAUGGCCGGGAUGUCGUACUUCGCCGGCGCGGAGGAGAAGGACGACCGGGUGCUAGUGCCCGACCUGGGCUCGCUCACCAGCGUGCACGACAGGGCUCGGGAGCUGUUCUACUACCUGAAAGGAGGGCGGGUGGACUACGGCGAGGAGCACAGCAGGACGUACGGGCACGCCCGCUUCGGCAGAGCAUACGACCGCGGGCACUACCCAAUGUUGGACGAGGAGCACCCAGCCCACUUCGUGGGCCACUCGGCCGGCGCGCAGGUCGUCAGGCUCCUGCAUCAGAUGCUCCAUGACAAGGCAUUUGACGGGUACGAGAACACCUCUGAGAACUGGGUGCUGAGCGUCACCUCCCUCUCUGGCGUGCUCAAUGGUUCCACGACAGCCUACCUCGGCGGAAUACGUCCAGAAGAUGGCCGGUCUAUGAGCCUGGUCUGCCUCGCCCAGAUCUACCGAGUGGGUACCACCAUCUACCACUGGCUCGACAUACCCUGGCUCAAGCGCUACUACGACUUCGGCUUCGACCACUUUGGCAUGUCUUGGCGCACAGUCGGUGUGUCAGGCCUACCCAGCCUGCUCGCUGGCACAUCGGGGCCGUUCGCCACGGGAGACUGGAUCCUGCCGGACCUCACCAUCCAGAACGCCGCCAGGAUGAACGCCGAUGUGCGCACGUUCCCUGGCACGUUCUACUUCAGCUACGCUACCAGGCGGACGACCAAGUUUUGCGGCGUCACCGUGCCGUCCGGCGUGAUGCGCAUUCACCCUCUUGUGUUCAUACAUGUCAUGCAGUUGUGCCGGUGGCGCCACUUCGCCGCCGAGCCCCCUUGCAAAGGUUACAGGGAUGAAGAUUGGGAGGAUAAUGAUGGUGCGUUGAACACCAUCUCCAUGACGCAUCCUCGGAUUCCGGUAGAACAUCCGAGCAUCUUGGUAGAGGAUGAUUCAGAUUGCCAUCGACUUCAACCGGGAAUCUGGUAUUAUAAGAUCGUGGAGGCAGAUCACAUGACGUUUGUGAUCAACCGGCCUAGAGGAGGCAUGCAAUUCGAUCUCAUAUACGAUAACAUCUUUAGGAACUGCAGGAAAAAUGUGUUUAGGACAGCCUCACUUACGCUACCAAAUAAAAACUCGACCUAG